GCUCACUUGAUUUUUUAGCGGCGUGCAAGCAAGCUGCAGAAUCGGUUAAUCAAAUUUUAACAAAGCCAAAAACAGGAGAUAACACAAAAUGGCCAGCCCCGUGGAACUGCUCAGCCUCUCGAACCCCGUCUUCAAGAGUUUCACCUUUUGGGUCGGCGUUUUGGUGAUCAAAAUGCUGCUCAUGAGCCUGUUGACCGCCGUCCAGCGAUUCAAGACGAAGACCUUCGCCAACCCCGAGGACCUGAUGUCGCCCAAGCUGAAGGUCAAGUUCGACGAUCCGAAUGUGGAGCGUGUGCGUCGUGCCCACCGCAACGACUUGGAGAACAUUCUGCCCUUCUUCGCCAUCGGCCUGCUCUACGUCCUGACCAACCCGGCCGCCUUCCUGGCCAUCAAUCUGUUCCGGGCCGUGGGCAUCUCCCGCAUCGUCCACACGCUGGUCUACGCCGUGGUCGUGGUGCCCCAACCGUCCCGCGCCCUCGCCUUCUUCGUGGCCCUUGGCGCCACCGUCUACAUGGCCCUGCAGGUCAUCCUCUCGGCCGCCUUCUAGGCACAUAGUUCUAGUCCUUCAUGUUUUUUUCCAAACCCAUUUUUGAAAUAAUUUCUUAAAUAUUAAAAUACAUCGACCUUCGGUGCUGUUGGAGGAUCACAGCC